UCUCUCUCUCUCUCUCUCGUCAUAAAUAAACAUCCCCAAAACAAUUCACGGGUUCCAUUUGAAACGUUCUAUUUUCCCAUUUUCCCAAAAACCAAGCAAAACAUGGCCAAAGCGCCACCGUCAAUCUCUCUCCUCCUCAUCCUCCUCCUCUCCACCACCGUAUUCCUCACCCUCCCCGCCUCCAUCUCCUCCAUCGGCGUCAACUACGGAACUCUCGGAAACCUCCCUCCUCCAACUCAGGUGGCCAACUUCCUCAAGACUCAGACAUCUAUAGACAGCGUCAAGAUCUUCAACGUGAACCCCGACAUCAUCCGUGCCUUCGCCGGAACAGGAAUCUCCGUCGUCGUCACCGUCCCUAACGGUGAUAUUCCGGCGUUAGCUAACGGAGUGGAAGCUCGUCGGUGGGUUUCCGCUAAUAUUUUGCCGUUUCAUCCUCAGACAAAGAUCAAGUACAUCUCUGUCGGUAAUGAGAUUCUUCUCUCCGGUGAUGAUAACAUGAUCAAGAAUCUUUUGCCGGCGAUGAAGAAUCUUAACGCUGCUUUGGUUCGUGCUGGUGUCAAAGAUGUUAAGGUUACAACCGCACAUUCACUUAACAUCAUAGCCUAUGAACUAAACGGUGCACCAAGCAGCGGUAGAUUCAGACCUGGUUGGGACAAAGGCGUAUUAGCUCCAAUCCUAGCUUACCAUCGCCAGACCAAGUCUCCCUUCAUGGUCAACCCUUACCCUUACUUCGGUUUCGACCCCAAAAACGUCAACUUCGCUAUUUUUCGCUCACCGUACAAGGCGGUUCGUGACCCGUUAACCGGAAAAGUCUACACAAACAUGUAUGACACUCUCAUGGACUCGACUUAUUCAGCCAUGAAAGCUCUUGGCUACGGAGAUGUUGACAUUGUCGUUGGUGAGACGGGAUGGCCAUCUGCAUGCGAUGCACCUUGGUGCUCUCCUGAAAACGCGGCUUGGUUUAAUCUCAACAUUAUUAAACGUGCACAAGGGCAAGGAACACCGUUAAUGCCUAACAGACGGUUCGAGACUUAUAUUUUCGGUUUGUUUAAUGAAGAAGGCAAACCCGGUCCGACCGCGGAGCGGAACUGGGGGCUUUUCCGGUCCGAUUUCUCCCCGGUUUACGACGUUGGCCUCCUCACAAACAAACAAGGUGGUGGUGGUGGUGGCCUUCCCGCACCAGCAUUGCCAACGCCUAGUACUGCUGCUGGUGGUAAAUGGUGUGUGGCCAAGCCGGAAGCUACUGAUGCGCAGUUGCAAGGGAAUAUUGACUGGGUGUGUAGUCAAGGAGGUGUUGAUUGUAAACCGAUCCAAACCGGUGGUUUGUGCUUUAACCCGGGCAGCGUGAGGGCGCAAGCGUCUUUCGUGAUGAACGCUUAUUUCCAGAAGAACGGUCGCACUGACGGGUCGUGUAAUUUCAGUGGAACUGGAGUUAUCGUUGGGAACAACCCAAGCAAUGGUGCGUGUAAGUACUAAGUGGUAUCUGUUUAAGAGGUUUGUCUAUGUAGCUUUUGUUUGGGAAAGACUUUGGCAUAAUGUUUCCUUGAGAAACUUUUCAUGUGUUGGAGAGGUCAUUAGCUUUCUGUUUAUCUUCGGAUAUUCUUCUAAUUUUAAGGUUUAUUCGUUCCUUUUUCUUUUCAAGUCAUUUUAUUUGAAUAAAUGAAGAGGAACUUCUUAUAAUAUUUGCUUUAGACAUACGUUUUAAACGCGAUAAUCUCGCUGUCUUGUGAUCUUUAUGUUUGAUACUGAUGGUCCAUCAAACUAUAAAGCAAUAUGAACAUUAGAACAUAAUCUUAUCAACAAGAUAAUUAUGUUUUCUAGGCAGGUUCUUCGACUAAUCAUACAUUGGUAGGUAGGGGUGACACCAAAUACAUGAGAGAAUCCACUCCCACAUUUGAGAUUUAUGUUUUCGGAUCUGUAUAAUGAAUUCACGCAGUCGCCAUAAUCGAAUCUUAAUAUUCAAAAUUCCAAAUCUAAAUUUUCUAUGCUGUAUUUGUAAAUAUUCUUAUUGUAAAUGAGGUUAAAAAACCUUAAGGCAUCACUCCCCUAAGAUAUGAUUACAAAAGAGAUGUUCUUUUGCUAUGGUUAUUGACUUAUUGAUCAGUUACUAAUACAGAGUGACA